AUGGACAUUCCAGAAGCAGUAGCAGAGUCUCUCCUGCCUGACGCUGGCGCCUAUCUGAUCAUUGGCUUCGACACGGCUGGGAGGUCCACACACGUACAUUGGCAAAACGGUACGGAUCGAAGUCCUGACUGGCUGAAGUGCAGGCGAGAGGGUAAUUUGGCCAACUUUGAUGACUCCGUCGCCAGCGCCAACGGGACCAAGUGCUUCGAGGGGCCCGAAAAGCGGCACCGACGGAGUCAGGCAGUAGGAGCUCUGGACCCAACUUACCGGGCCUGGAUGAAGAUGCUGCGAUAUCUCGGCUAUAUGGAAGUAUGGUGCAGGAGCAAAGGCCAACCUCCCAGAGCAGAGAGCUACCAGGCAAUGAGCGACAUUCGUGGCCUGCUCAUGAGGCACGUCGGAGGGCCCCUCGACGCAGGUGAUCUACCGUGUCGCCCGUUUGAGACCUGUGGUGGCUAUGCAUUCUUCGACUACACGAUUACAGACGGCACGAUUCUGAGAGCUUUGGAUGGACAGGAUUGCCUCUUUGGCCUCGUCGUCGGGGAGCCUAGCAUCGGCCUUGACACUUUCGUGGGCUGUGACCCCGUACAGCGGCACCUCUUCGCAGGCAUCUCCUUUCAGAUCAAGCCUGUGGCACCGUCCACGCCUUCCUCAACUUUUUCCCCUCCGCCCACCGACGACUGGACCCCGUUGCAGCUGAAGCAGAAAGGCCUCAGCAGCAAAAGGGCUCGGGACUUGGCUGAAGUCCUGCUGCGAUGUCUGCCUGCGGAGGAGCAGACGCGGCGUCGACAGAGGACGGCCGCCGAGGCCUGGGUCGCACGGAGCAGAAGACAUCAGCUGCUCGAGGACUACGAGAGCCUCUCGCGCGCAGCUCAGCAAGCCUUCGACGGUGACGCGUCCCUCUGGUCUGGACAGAAUCUGCUUCUCGGCGGAAAGAUGUGUCGUCGUCUUCAAGGCGACCACGUCAGAGACGACGAACGGCUGGCAAUUCUACAGGCUUUGGGAUACCCAGACAUGGGUGCGCCGGUCCCGGUCCGCUUCGUUGUCAAGACCGACAAUCUGGCGGGGUCCUUCAAGACUCUUCAAGACUGGGAGGUACCGGAUCGUUCCGCUCGGAGCAACUGCAGAGGCUCACUCCUUCCACGGCUCCUGGCAACCUCCACCGUUCACCAUCAAGACAGACCGGUCCGCGGGAUCGUUCAAGACUGA